ACUCUGAUUCAUGGUUUCCCCAUAUGCUCACAAUCACGCUUAAAGACCUAAAACUGUGGAUUCUCCCAAUAAAUAUCCUAUCAAAUAUUGAUAAAAUAUCUCAACUGAAGGUUGAAUGCGUUGCAAAACUAUUAUUGUGAUGUUUAUCAAAAGAAAACAUAAAAACAUCUGUUAAAUAGAUAAAUUAAUAAGUGUUUUUUACUUAUUUUAUGGGGAGUUCCAGACGUCAGACGUAAAUAACCGCUUUCAUACGUUAAAUAUUACAAUAAACGUAAUACCCGAAUAAAACGUAUAAAUAACCAUACCAUACCACACAUCACAAUUAUAUUUAUCGAGAUUGCUAAUGCAAACAAAAUAUAAUGCUUUUAACCAAAUUUGACAGACAGACAAUUGACACAAUGAGCAAUAGCAAUGGCAGCAACAACAAAAUUGCAUGUUUAACUGAAACUGAAGCUACGAUUAAAAAGAAUGGUUAUGAUUCAGAUAAAAAAAAUCACAAUGGCUGAUAACCAAUUUGUACCGUUAUUCCUAAAAUACUUUUUUUUAGUAAUUUACAUAUGUACAAGUACAUAAAUGUAUGUAUAUGUGUGUAGCUGCACAUGUUGUUAAAUAUGUACUGUUGACAUUAGAUGGAUACUUAAAAAUGAUGUUGGUGGCGUCAAUACACCUUAUCUAUAAACAUGCUUGUAUACAUCCCUAAUAAUGUACAUAACUACAGGGUUGAGUCGAGAAUUACGGCAAUAAUCGCUAUAAAAUAAUACUUUAAAUAUUGGCAUGUACCAUUUUUCAAUUAAACGCCAGAAAGCGAAGAAAUCUAUAUAUUUUUGAGAGCCAUAUUAAUUCACUUUUAAAACGUUUCAAGCUCUGUAUUAGCCCACUUCCAAGCAUACAAGAAGUUUCAGUUAACUAACCAACCCUGUUGCGGUAUUUUAAAUAUCAUACUAAGUUUUAUCAAAGGAGACAUAUGGACGACUUUACGGCGUCAUUUGGUCGUAUGUAUCGACACUCCUGCGCAUGGUUGCAGUACUCAUACUCACAGCACUGGUUCAACCGCGCUCCUAAUGUUAGUGUGACACUUUCCGGAACCAACGUAAAAGCCGUUAAUACGCAAAACAAACCAUUGAAAGUGUAUUGGUAGCUGCACUAUUUGGGUUUUAAUCAAAUUAAUUUGGCGAACAGUUGUAUCAGAACAAUCAAGAGAAUAGCAAGUGGCGCUAAAUAUCUGGCACAAAUAAACCUGCCGCUAUUGAGGGUGUAGAGCAAAUAUUCAAAAUAUAUUGAAUUGUACUAAGUGAAAACUAUUAGUAUUCAUGGCGUUUUCAAAACAAUAUUUCUAAAAUAGUUGAACAUUGUUCAUAUAUUUUUAACAAGAAAUUUGAAAUUAAAUAAUGUACAAAUGUCUUCAGAAGAGGAUGGAAAUAUGCUCAACUAUAGUGAAAUUAAUUUUCCUCAAGAUCGCAUUUGGACACAUAUACCCAAUUGGGAGAUAACGCUUAAGAUCUCCACAUUUGUGCCGGUUAUCAUUUUCGGCUUAUACGGUAAUUUCGUCAUACUACAGCUGAUCGUAAUGAAUCGUCCGCUACGAACGGCAACGAAUAUGCUAGUGUGCAAUAUGGCGGUAGCUGAUAUGUUGACACUUCUAAUAUGUCCUGCCAUGUUCAUGAUCAACGAUUUCUAUCAGAACUAUCAACUGGGUUCGAUAGGUUGCAAAAUGGAGGGUUUCUUGGAUGUGGCUUUUCUUAUAACAGCCGUUUUAAAUUUAUCGGCAGUCAGUUACGAUCGUCUAACAGCUAUCGUGCUGCCGACGGAAACACGCUUAACAAUGUUUGGCGUGAGAUUUGCGAUUGCCUUUACAUGGUUGGGUGGAUUUUUAAUAGCUUUGCCGUUGGCUAUAUAUAGAACGUACAAGGUACGUGUAUGGAAGAACUUCAAAGAGAUGUAUUGUAAAGAGAAUACCCAAAUAUUACCCAAAUAUUGGUAUUUUUUAAUUACGGUUAUGGUAUGGUUGCCGCUGAGCGUAAUGCUAAUUUGUUAUUCAGCGAUUUUCUUCAAGCUCGAUCGUUACGAGAAGCGUGUACUUAAUCGUGAACAUCCACUGAGUGUAUCCUAUAAGAGAACGGUGGCCAAAACGCUCUUCAUUGUGGUGAUCGUUUUCAUUGCGCUGCGUUUGCCAUUCACAAUUUUGGUCAUUUUACGUGACCAAUACAUAGCCACAAAUGAUAGCUCCGUAAAUAUUAGUUUUCGCAUCUUCUGGUAUAUAUCACAAUAUCUAAUGUUCCUGAAUGCUGCUGUCAAUCCACUGAUCUAUGGUUUUAACAAUGACAACUUUAGACGCGCUUACGAUCAGACACCACUGUGUAACUGCUUUAAACGCAAUACCAACAAAAUACAGUCCAAUAAAUCUUCUUGCUGCAGCGGCUGCAUGUGCUCUAUGUUCAAAUGGUCUAAACUAAUCUGUGGUUGUUUCAGUUUAAGAGCGAAAAAAACUUUCUCCUUCACUGGUGAUCAACAGGUGCAGAAUACGGAGGUGGCGCGUAGUGCAAGAGCGUCAAUAGUGGUGACGCCAGCGCUGUCGAAAGAGACGAAUGUGAACGAUGUACAAACAACGUAUAAUCGCUUCGACAAUGAGGGUUACCAUAAUAAUAAUAUAGAUGAAGGGUUUAUAUGA